AACCUGUAUACAUUUAAUCGUGAAUGAGUCUGUAUCAACACAACCGUUAUCACUUUUUUGUCUUGAUGUUUUAUCCGAUGUAUACACAUUCAAAUAGAAAAUCACAGUUGCGGGUUAUUCAAUAUUCAUAUUUUAGAUUUCAAUUUUAUUCCUAUUUAUUCAACAAAAAUGAUGGAGGUGGAUGAAGAAACGUUUGAAACUAGUAAGUUUAUACUACUAUACACUAUCUACCAUGUCAAAUAUUUAUCAUAACUUUUAACUAAUAAUAUUAGGUAGUAUUAUUAAUGGAAUAUCUAAAAACGACUUCAGUAAAAGACUCAUUGCUAGUGAGUUAUUUAAGAGCUAGUCUUAUCAUUAAAAAAAUGUUAACAGAUAAAUAAAAAAAAAGUACAUAUAGUAAAAAAAACAAUUAAGCCAUUAUCAGUACUUUAAUCCAUAUUUUGAAUAUCUGGAAUCCAAAAAUAAUAUAAUAAUGGUAAUCCAUCUAUACAUAUAAUCUGGAUUUUUUUGAUUUUUCACAUAUUUAAUUAUUUUAUUCUAAAAAUUAUUGGCCAAGUACAAUACAAAAUAUAAUAAUUGUUAGCAUAAAAUAAUGAAAUAUGUGAAAAAUCAAAAAAAUCCAGACAGAAUCAAAAUCCACCCAAUGUAUUGUUAUCAUAUUCAAUCUACAAGGUUUAAAAAAAAGUUAUUAAAAUGCAAAAAUUAUUCUCUAGUUUAUAUUCUUUUAAUCAUCCAUGUAUUUAUAUUAUUUACUGAAAAUAUUAAUUUAUUGGGUACCUAAUACCAGUAUAAGUAUUUAACUUCCUGGACCUUGUAAAAUAUAAUUUCAGCUCUUAUUGUUCUACAUAAGAAAAAAUGAAAUCAUUUUCAAACCAAUCAAUAAAUAUUUGAAUAUAUGAAUUGUCUCCAUUUACAUUAUUUAUAAAUGUUCCAAUUUCAGGUGAAGAACAUCAAGUUUCAAAUAAAGAGGAACCAAAUGAAUGCUCUACAUCGUUCGGAAAUAUAUCUUGUAUAACUACAGGUUAGUUUUCAUUUUUGUUUAAAUUUGUUAAGCAAAUAAUGUUUACCUUACAAUUGAGAUUACUUAUGUUUUUUAAAUUAUGCUUAAUCUAAACUAUCUUUAAUUAUAAUUAUAAAUUCAUUUUUAAAGGUGAAGAAAAUAAUGAUUCUACACAUGAAACUGAUAAAUCUGUUCACAAAACUGAAACUAAUGAAUCUGAAAAAGAAAGUUAGUAUUUUUCUUUGUAUUAUAUUUACAAAUUGUAGUAAUAGUUCUAAAUUUGUUACUGUAUUGUAUAAAUAUUUGGUAUGAUAGAAAUUAACACACAACAAAUUAAUUCUGUUUAAGGUGUUUAAAAGUUAAGAAAUUAAUAUUUUAUGACAUGCUCUUGGUAACUUUUUGGUAUGUUAAACGACAAUAAAAAAUUUUUGACAUUUUAUCAUAAUUAUUACCUGUAUCAGUAUGUAAUCAUCAAAAUGAAAGAAAACAUUUUUCUAACCCCCCCCCUAAAAAAAAAAAGUAGUCAAGUUGCUCUUUAAGAUUAAUUACAAAAAUUACCAAAUAAAAAUAAUAUAUUGUAUAAAAAUAUUAGUCACAUCAAAAUAAAAAAAGUUAUAGAGAAUCUACAAAUACAGAUGUACUCAGGAAAAAUCACAGAAACCAGUGAUAUCAAUCCUACUGCUCUUUGAUGCUUCAUUAAUGCACAAUUCAAACAGUACUAGAAAAUGUUGAAUAAACUUUAGUAUUAUAAUAUAGGUUUGAUUAUAAAUAUAAUGGCUAUCAUAUUAUAUGCAAUCUACUGGCAAUAUUGUGGCUGCAGUAUUCAGUCUUCCGUUUUACCGCUUUAUUGUUAUACAAUAGUAUAUAGUUACUAUAAUGGUAAAACGGUUGACCGAAUACUGUAAUAUAGUGGUAUUUAGUACUUAUAGAAAUUAUACAUAUAUUUGUGUCAUUGUCCCGAUUGUUUCAAAGUUUUGUUAAAUAUAAAGUUUAAUAGCAAGGCACCUUUAUGAUAAAGACUAUUACAUGGAAAAACUAUUUAUUGGUGAAAAAAAGCAAUAGUUGUGUAUAUAUAUAUAUAUAUAUAAUAAAAUACUAUAGUGGCUUUUAUUUUGUAUAUAAAAUCUAAUAAAUUAUGGACUAUUUUAAAUGAUAUAAAAAAGGUUUUUAAUGUCAAUUAAUUCUUGAAGUUGUUAUAAGUAAGUUGUAUAUUACUGAAAGUAAAGAUUUACAUUUUACAGAUUAUACUGAGUAUAGCAUGUUGACAGGUUUACUAGUCUAAGGUUAGUUACUUAAGUUACUAAGUCAGGUUUACUAACAGGACAUUUUUGUUUAAAUUGUAUAAAACAAUGACUACAACAUAAAUCUAAACUAUAGUAAAAAUAUUCUUUGUAUUUUUCUAAGUAUGUUUGGGUCUAUUUUAAAUGUUGAAUAAUAUUAUCUCUUCUUUUUUUGCUUUGUAUUAUAGUCUCAAUGUAUGGGUCAAUUGAAGAUUACACCUAUGAUCCAACUGCUCUUAUAGAAGUAUCUGAUUUACUUGGUAAUUAUAUUAUGAAAUUAACAGCUAUAAUAUGUACGUAUAUACUUAUAAAAAAAUAAUACAUAUUUUCAUUAUUUUAGACCUUGUUGGUAAAAAUUGGUCACUUUUCCGUGUGUCUCCAUUGUGGAAUUUGGAUUUUAGUCAAAAAUAUUUAAAUUUGUUAUCCAAAGAGUUGAAAAAAUGUUUAAUAAAGAAUACUCAGGGCACAAAAACAAAAAAUCGCCAAAAAAAACCAAUUGAGGAUAUCUCUGUAAAAAUUGAACAACAAGAUGCACAUCAUGAAUGUGUGGCAUUAAAAGUAAUCGAUUAUAACUAUAGUUUAGUCUACAGUAGUUUGAAAAAAAAAAUAUGUAUAUUUUUAUUUUCUUUAUAAAUAUUAUAAAUUAUAAUAGUAUCAAAACAUUAUUUUAUAAAUGACUAUAUUAUUAUUUUUUAAAUCAUUUAUAUGUUAUCUUCAAUCUAUGCUAGGGUUAACAAUGAGUAAUAUUUUUAACUGUAUGUAAUUUAAAAGGACAGUGAAUGACUUAAAGGCGCUUCAGAUUAGAAACACCUGAAUAUUAAUGGUUAAAUUAAUAGAAGUAUGCAUCAAAGAUUGAGUAGGUCUCUAAGCCAUUUGCAUUUAAGGGGUCUUACUGGGUUUUCUGGAAGAUGGUUGGAAUGAAGUUGAGCGAUAAGGCUAUUGGGGUAAUGUUCUGUUUUGGAAUGAAGGUGUAUGUAGAAUGUAGCAGCAGCUUGAUUGAUAGUAGAAAAACAGCUAUGUAUACUAUGACUUUAUUACUAUUAUAUCACUAUUUAAAAAAACAAGAAUAUACUCACAUUUUGUACAAGUUAAAUAAAAAUAAUUUCUCUAACUUCUCAAAGAAUUAUUCAAUUUUUUAUGAUAUUAAUCCUAAGCUGAAUUUAUAAAGUAAAAAUUACUCAAUCAUAAUAUUGUAAACUUGUAAAACUGUAAACAGAUUUAAUAAACUUUAUCAUAUUUACGUAAUCAUAAAAUUAAAAACAAUGGUAAUACACAGGCAUUAUGUAAUUAAAACAAAUUUAAUAAAUAUGGAAUUAGCUGUACAAUAUUAUGUUGCUAAUUUUAUAAUGUCUAUUUUACUAUACUUAAUAAAAUACUAUUUAUAAUAUUUAGUAAAUAACAAAGGUUAAGUACAUUUUCAAUCAAUUUGUAGAUACUUGUUAUAAUUAAAUGUACAUUAUAUUUUUUCACAGAUUGAUGUUAUUAUUCAAGAAACUAAUGUUCAGCUUUACACGGGUUUUUUAUUAAAAUCACCAAAUUAUACUGAAAAAUAUAAUAAAAAUAAAUUAUCAGACAUGCCUCUUUUAAUGGUACAAGGAAAUCAACCAUGCAUUGUAGCUAUACACAAUUGGUUAUCUGAUCACUUUGACUGUGUUAUUCGUCCAUAUACAUUUGCCUUAUAUCAAUUUCUGUGGAUUAUUGCCAUUUCGAUGGGUGAUGUGGGAAAGUCAUACAACGAAACUGUUUUAUACCAUUAUCUCUAUAAAUAUGAAUUAACACAGGGUCAAAUGAAUGUUAAGUGUCAUGUUGAAUCUUCAUUCCUUCGAUCAGUUUUAGCCAGGUUCGUGAUAAAUUUUUACUUAAUACUUACUUAUUAUGAAUUGAAUAUAAUGUUUACUAAUUUAUUAAAAUAAAAAGUGGAUUCAAAUUUGUUUAACAUUGAUAAUAAUCACCAGAGGUACCUAUACAAAUUUAUUUUUAUUUAUAUUUUGCAAAUAAGCACUGUGUCUUUAAAAAUGAUAUCUUUAAAUUUAAAUUUUACUUUGAUUGUACCAAAAUUUAACUUCCAUGUGGUUUAAUUUUGCUAUCUUAAAUAAAAAACUUAUUUUUAUAAAUAAUAAGAUGUAUUGCACCUGUAACGUGAUAAUAUUAUAUUAUUGAUAAAAUAGAUGAAUACAUAAAUAUAUAUUUGUAUUUUUUGGAAUUAUUCCAUAAUAUUAUAUAUAUAUAUAUAAUUAUUAUUUUUAAAUGUGAGUGAUCAAUAAAAUAAAUUUGUAUUUGUUACAUUUUUAAACCUAUUUAUUAAUUUGGUAUCUGAAUGUAUAGACUUGCUUUGGAUGGUUUAUCUUCAGAAGCUACAUCAUUUCAUUAUUCAGAUUUAAUUAAAAUACAAUCAGAAAUUGAAGAUCAUUUGAAGACGAUUUGUGGAAUAAAUGUAUCAAAAUUAAAAUUAAAAGCCUUUGAAGCUCCGAAAAUUGCUUCAGUCAAACUUUCUGGAAAAGUGAGUUAGCCAUUUUGUAUUAAUAAGACAGAAUAUUUAUUUAAAUUUUUAUUUCAGAUAAACAUUAAAUCUUCUGUUCUAUUGGAUAUGAUAAUAAAAUACCUCAUGGAACUCGAAAACAAUAAUUAUGUAUUAUAAUUUAUAAAAUAAAUGACAUAUUGAGUAACUUAUUACUACUAUUAUAUUGUUUAUUUUUUUUUUUAAAUAAUAAAAUAUUUUGAUUUUAAGUUCAAAAAUAUAUACUGUUAUAAUGAUAUUUAUUAUUUAUUUACAAUUUGUAAAUAUUAAAGCUAC